AUGACUUCAGCCGCCAGUGCUGCAAGCACCUCGACGUCGUCCGCUACGAGCUCAGCAUUGCAUCAACAGCAGCAGCAACAGCAGCAGCAGCAACAGCCACCGCCUCAGCUGCAGCGUAACGGCACCUACCAGAGUCUGGUGAGCAAGGUGGCCAACAACAACCUCAACACCGGGUACCGGUAUCAGAGCCAGAAGGCGAAGGAAGUGCAGGCGCUGUACAAACAGCAGCAGCAGCAUCAACAGCAGCAACGAGCCAACAGACAACUGCAACAGCAACAACAACAACAACAACUGCACCUUCAGCAGCAGAAACGACUUCAACAGCAGGGCCAGCACUACAACCAACAGCAGG